AGGCGGGCGCGCAGCCGGCCCGCGGGCGCCCCACUAUGCUCCCCAGCGCCGUGGCGGCCCACGCCGGCGCCUACUGGGACGUGGUAGCCUCCUCCGGGCUCCUGAACCUCCCCGCAGCGCCAGGCUUUGGUAACCUGGGCAAGAGUUUCCUGAUCGAGAACUUGUUGCGGGCCGGAGGCGCCCCGCCGCACGGGCUGCCGCCACCCGCGCCCCACGGCCCGGCGACGGCUCUAGCCACCGCCACCGCCACAGCCGUCGCCGGCGCGCAGGUCCGGCCCCUGCCGGCCAGCCCUGUGCCUCUCAAGCUGUGCCCCGCGGCCGAACAAGUCAGUCCCCCCGGGGCGCCCUACGGCACGCGGUGGGCUUUUCAAGUGCUCAGCGCCUCGGCGGACGGGGCAAGGCUGCCGGGCCGGGCUUCGGCGGACCGCGACUGUACCUUCCAUCCUUCAACCCCAGCGCCUUCCAAACCUUUUUUUCUGAGUGCCCCGCCAUUCUACUCGGCAUGCUGCGGUGGGUCCUGUCGGCGCCCUGCAUCCCCCACUGCCUUUGCAAGAGAAGAGAGUGUGCUGCCUCUCCUGACACAGGACUCUAAUUCCAAAGCCCGGAGGGGUAUCUUAAGAAGAGCUGUCUUUUCCGAGGACCAGAGAAAGGCUCUGGAGAAAAUGUUUCAAAAGCAGAAAUAUAUCAGCAAAACAGACAGAAAGAAACUUGCCAUCAACUUGGGACUAAAGGAAUCGCAGGUGAAAAUUUGGUUUCAGAACAGAAGGAUGAAAUGGCGGAAUUCCAAAGAGAAGGAAGUGCUUUCCAACAGGUGUAUCCAAGAAGUGGGCCUUCAAGAGGAUCCCCUCUCGCGAUCUGCUCUGGGUUUCCCUUCUCCGUGUCCUUCACUCUGGGAAGUCUCCCGACAGCACUCGAGUCCAAGAUGGAGGGAGAAUUCGCCAGAACCUUCAGAAAGACUAAUCCAGGAGAGUUCAGGGGCACUGCCCCCAGAAGCAAAUUCACUGCAAGGUGCCUUGUAUUUGUGUUCUGAAGAAGAAGCUGGAGACAAGGGUGCACUUCCUGGGGCCGUCUGAACGGAGACGUUCCUCCAUGUUAAUUUAAAAGAACACUUAACUAGUAGCGUUUGGACUCUAAAGCCGGCUAGCUUGUGCCUCUUCAGUGCCUAAAACCUAACGCCUUCGGAGUGAUGUGUGAACUAAUGCCUUAGGAGACCCUCUCCAGUGUUCUUUUAUUUGGGUCCUAGACUCAGAUUUAAUUUGUAAGUGGAAUAGAAUCCCUCAGAAAGUAUGAUGGAACUGAAAAGAAUGAGAGUAAAAGUUGGCUCAGUCCCUGCUCUGAGUAUGUGUAUAUAUGCAUAUGUCUGUCUGUGUGUAUAUAUAUAAAUAUGCAUUAAAAUUGUAGAGGCCAGUUCCUCUUUAAAUAUUGCAUUAAGCAAAUUCAUUUCCUUUUGUAUUAAGAAAAACCAACUGUUGACCGAAUGUUAUUAAUUUUGUGAGAAUAAUUCAUACCACAAGAACGUGUUUUUAAGAAUUCUGGAUUUUCUGGUUUCCUUCAGGAUCCAGCUGUAAAUGAAUUUUAACAACUUAGCUCAGUAAUCCUAAUCAAAUGAACUGCUGUUAGAUACAGACACUGAAAGUAUACAUUUAAAAUUAAUCCAACAAGCAACCUAGAAGAAUUUCUGAAUAUAACAAUUAGCAUCCUUGAUUUCCAAGUCUCUGGACUUUAUCAGGCCAUUAGUGAGGGAGGUUCCCAUUUAACUAAUGAUUAGCUUUUGAUCUCUUCUCUGUAAGGAUGGGCCUUAACCAGGGAUUGCAAAAUGAAAUGCCUUUAGGUCCUGUCAGGUAGUUAGAGGACGUGGCCCACCUAAAGAUACUUGAGUUUAGUAAUUUUAAAAUAGUUUAUUGGCCAAACAAAACAUCUGUGCCAAGCAGUUUGCGACCUCCAGCCAAGACUUAAAGAAGUGUCACAGUUCUUAAAAUGUUCCCAACUGGACUUCAAAACGCAAUACUGAUGGAAUUUGUAGUGAUUUCUGUUUGUACUCCUAGUUAUAGACUCAAUUUUCCACUUAGGUGGUAUACACUAUAUAUAUUAGGUUAUUUUUUUGUAUUAACGAACACCAGACAGAUGUUUUAUG